GGAAGCUUGGCUGUCUCAUGGCACAUCCUUUUCCGUCUCAAGCAGCACACUAAAAGCACAGGCGCUGUAUGCUCAUCUCCAGGACAACAAAACACCCAGACAGAAAAUAAAAAAAAUUGCGGCAGUAUACCAUGGCUCAGGACGGGGUGAUACUACAAUUCAACUUUCCCACUUUCGGGGACUCCAUGCUUCAAAAGAUGGAUGCUCUUCGUCGAGACAGACGUUUCUGUGAUGUAGUAAUCCGCAUCAAUGAAUUGGAAGUGCCUGGACACAAAGUGGUAUUUGCUGCUGGCUCCCCUUUCCUUAGAGACCAGUUUGUACUUCAGGACUCACAUGAAGUACAAAUAUCUACACAACAGGAUGCAGAGGUUGGACAGAGGCUUCUAUUGUCUUGUUACACUGGGACCCUUGAGUUCCCAGAACUGGAAUUAGUACAUUAUUUAACAGUUGCUAGCUUCCUACAGAUGGGUCAUAUAGUAGAGCAGUGCACCGAAGCUCUAAAUAAAUUCAUAAAACCACACGAGGUCAAAGACGAACGUGCAUCAUCUCGACAGCGCUCGGACUACAACGCACAGCGUGGGCCACCAGCUGUGGAGACGGUAUGUGAUGAAGAGGAUGAGGUGGACAAUGACGGAGAAGAUGACUUCAAUGAAGAUGACGACGAUGAUGAUGAUGUGAUCAUACAGCCCAAAUCUCCGCCUGUGUUUAGAAACUCUCAGAGCAACAAUAGAGAAGAGGACAGUCCCAUUAGCAUUGUUAAGGUUGAAUCAAUAGAAGAGCGGAUGCCUGAUAACUUCCAGACUCGCACAAGUCGCUCUCCAACACUGCGCUCCCCUGAGCCACAACACUCCCUGAUAAACUCCACAGUGGAAACCCGGUCCACCGAGCUCACCGCUAACCCUGCGGCUGAAUAUUCGCUGUCCCCACCCGGAACCAGUGGCUCCGGGAAGGGGAAUCUUUGGGGAUGCUCAAGGAAUGCCGAUAAAGGAAUGCAGUGGUACCACCAGUGCCCGAAAUGUGCUCGCGUGUUCCGUCAACUGGAGAACUACGCCAACCAUCUGAAGAUGCACAAGCUGUUUAUGUGCCUCUUGUGCGGAAAGACGUUUACACAGAAAGGAAACCUGCACCGGCACAUGCGUGUCCAUGCCGGCAUCAAACCCUUCCAAUGUAAGAUAUGUGGAAAGACUUUUACCCAGAAGUGCUCGCUGCUAGACCACCUGAACCUUCACAGUGGGGACAAACCACACCGUUGUAAUUACUGUGACAUGGUGUUUGCACAUAAACCAGUUCUCCGUAAACACCUGAAGCAGAUCCAUGGAAAAAACAGUUUUGACAAUGCUAACGAAGGCAGUUUGCUUGAAGGAUUAUAAACUCAUAUUAAUAUAAGUUACACUGACUUUGUCUUGCAGACACAAUUCUGUACAUCAGUGGUUCUCAAAAAUGGGGCCAGGGUCCACUAGGUGGACUUGGCAAACUUCCAAGAGGGACCCAGUAAGUCUUAAAUGCCUGGUUUCAGAGGAAAGGGUGUGUUCACACUCGGCAUGUUUGGUUCGAUUAAAACAAACUCUGGUGCUAUUACUCUGUUAGUGCGGUUCAUUUGAAUAAGUAAGAACGCUGCCAUCCAAACCCUGGUGCACACCAAACAAGCGUACCGAGACCACUGAAAAGACGGAUCUUGUUCCACUUCCGAACGAACUCUGGUGCGUUUGAAAUGAAAUAUGAAUGCAACACAGACCAAAGACUUGUAAACGAACCAAAACUAGGACAUGAUGUCACAAGAUGCGAACCUAAAAAGGACAGAAUGCUCAAGCAUACCUGUUUUUUUCUCGUCAAAGUCGCAAUGUUGCCCAUCACAGUCUCCUUGCAGCAGAUCUUCGUUUGUGCGUGUGACGGAGGGAUUCCUGGCACUGUUUUGACUCCUUUAAAGAUUUUAUAAGCUCUUCAUGAGUUGUCAGCUUCAUAUGUACGCACAUACAGCACAUUUAGCCCAGCACACAGCAUUGUUUUGGAUGUUCGACAAAUCAUAACAAAUCAUUUUUUGUUUUUCCUUUGUAUCUGUAGGUUCGAUGUUAAAAAUGACAGUGUGAACGCUAAGCGAACCAGGACUUUUUUGAUCCAGACCAAAAGAACCAAGAGAACUGAACUACAAGUGUGAACACUCCCUAAAAUGUAUGUUUGAGCUGUCUUAACUGAAAGCAACUUGCACUGACAUAUCUUAAAAUUUGUCAGUUCCAUUGUUUUGUCUCAAGAUGCACACCAGUAAUGGUUUUUCUAAGGCAUGUUUAUAAAAGCUACUUAAAUGUCCUAACUUAACUAAGCCUACUGCUGGCUUAAUCUAAGCCCUGUCUGUGAAACCAGGCCAAAAUGAUUUAAAUACAAUUAUAUGAACAUAAUCUUAAUUAAAAUUCUACAAAAACACACAAAAAUACGAUUUACAACAUAACACUGACAUUAUAUUUUUUUGUUUAUUUUAAUUACAACAGAGGUACAGCCUAGAUGAACUUGAAAUAUUGUCUUGGAUAGGGGUCUUCAAUCCUGCUCCUGAAGGGCCACUGUCCUGCAGAGUUCAGCUCCAACCCCAAUCAAACACACCUAAAAGAGGUAAUCAAGGUCUUGCUAUUCAUACUAGAAACUUCCAGGCAAGUUGGAGCUAAACUUGGCAGGACAGUGGCCCUCCAGGAGCAGGUCCUGGACAAAGGAGUGAGUCAAAAUGUUGAGAACCACUACUUUAAGUCAAAAAAACUGAGAACCACUGCUUUAAGUCAUUAAAAGUACACUAAAUUACAAGAACUAAAUUACGUGUCUGCUGAUUGGUAGAUGCAUGUACAUUCGGUCAGGUUUAAUGUCUUUUUUUUUUGCAUAUUGCAGGUAAAGGAAGAUUAAAUGUACUGAACUGAUUUUGAAUGUUGCUUUGGCAUCAUUUGACUGUGUAUUAUCUUUUGUAAAGAUUAAAAUAUAUUGUUACAGUAUAUCUGAUCAGACCAUAUUUCAGUUUUGAAUGCUAACGUAUUACUUCCUCAUUUGCAGACAGCUGUAUUUCAACACUAUGUACAACUCUUGGUAUAUAAUGAAUGUUUCCAUACUUCCAUCUGUGUAAACAUGCCAGAAUUUGGAGAGAAUUGCUGUGACUCAUUAAUAAAUAACUGCAGAUACUGCAUGAAAUGUG